AUCAGUGCUAUGUGUGCCGUUGUUACGAUAGCGCACACAGAACAUCUUCGAUUUCACAACGUUUUGGUUUAUAAAAAGGCAAAUCUUUUUAAAAGUCUUCAGAAACCGAUUUUAUUCACUGCAAAAAAAAAAAAAUGGUUAAAGUUGUAGCUUUUUACGUGUUGGCUACCUUUUUGGUCAGUUUCAACUACGGAAAUGUUGUUCCACCCAUCAGCAGAGAUAACCAGAUUUUCCCCACCUGUGUGGAAUACAUUUUUGUUGACAAAGAGAUCGUGAUCGACGGUCCGUUUAACGAAAAUUGUAUUUUGCAAUUUGAAACACAAGAGGAUCGUAUUCUGGCGUUCACCGUCGUCGAUGGGGACAUGAAAGAAACAGAAAAAUUUUUAUCCAUUCAUGACGGUAUCGACAGCAAGGCUCCCGUUCUCCUUGUAGAGAACCGGAAGCUUCUUGAACUUUCCAACCAGGAUUUGCCAACUACCGUGUACACGUCUCAAUCCGAAGCAGUUAUCCGGUUUACCAAGAAGCCAACUUCAAAUCUAAAAUUAAAAAUCCAGAAGGCCGUCCGAUGCGCUUUCAAUUUGGGAAUCGACAGCCAAUGUGGUCGAGUAGUUGACGAGGUUUCCUGUUACUGCGCUACAUUCGUCAACAGAAAUCAUCCAGAUCAGACAAUGUUUUGUGUCGACCAUAACAUGAAGUUGGUUUCCUUCGAAAAUCGAACAGAAGAGGAGCUCGUUCAAGCCGCUUGGGGAACAGAAGUUUCAUAUUGGACUUCUCUGACGGAUACUCGUCGCGACGGAACUUGGCUGUGGGAGAGCUCGAUGACCGUUCCUGCUGAUUACACCAAUUGGUAUCCUAAAAGACCCAACACGGCCGUUAACAACGUUGACGACUGCAUGGCGUAUGGUGGAGCAACUUAUUUGACCUUCUGGGGCGAUCUGGCUUGCACAACGAUGGCUCAUGCAAUCUGCGAAGCUCAGCCAUAAUUUGUUGCCAAUAAUCAGCUUUACCAGUUAAUUUACCCGCUUACAAGCAAAUACAACUAUGAAUAAUGCAA